CUCUCAUUGCAGGCCACUUUUUUGCAGCGCAGCGGUGCACACGAAGCGAAUCGCAUCAGUGCAGCGUCUCCACAGUACACUGAGAGCCGGUGUGGAAGCGGUGGAAAACGCAGUCACGCUACAGGCGGCAGCGAGCGAUGUUCCAGGCACUGCUACAAGCCCUGGGCUCGCGCAACACUACGACUGAAGACGCCUACGACGACUCGCUGGACGAGAAAACCGACGACGACAUCGUCCGAGUGACGACGCGCAACGUGCGCCGCCGCGACCAAGCACGAGAGGAGGAGGCCCGGCGGCCGACGCAGUGGGUCGCGUGGCGCAUCUCGCACGCGCACAAGCACCGGUGCCGGGAGUGGGUCGCGGCGCGGUUCCCCGACUGCACCUUGGAACAAAACGCCAAGGACGCGCUCCUUUUUUCGGCCAGCGACGCGGCGGCCGUCGUCGCCGCGCUGGCGAAGGACGAGCACGCGGCGCGCCACGUCCACGCCUGCGCGGCGCACGGCGGGAGCACCGCCAAGCUCGAAGACGUGCCGGGCCUCGCGGAGGCGGCCUACGACGCGGCGGCGGCCACCGCCGCGCGCCUGCGCGUGCGCGGCGCGCCGGGGCUCAAGGAGGCCCUCCUCAAGAACCUGCCCGAGCGGAUCCAGCUCACGCCGCGCGGCGCGUCCCACGAGCUCGUCGUCGACGCCGUGCCCGCGACGCACGCGACGUACUACUACGUGGGCUGCGCGCCGCUCGCGGAGACGUUCGUGCCGUCGACGGGCGACGCCGGCGACGUCUGCCGCGCCGUGCACAAGCUGCGGGAGGCCAUGGUCCGCUUCGCGCUGCCGCCGUUCCGCCGCGUCGUGGACGUCGGCGCGGCGCCGGGCGGCUGGAGCCAGGUCUGCCUCGAGCACGGGGCGGAGCUGGUCGUGGCCGUGGACCCGGCGGACCUGGACGCGGACGUGGCGGCGCGCGUCGUCCACGUCAAAAAGCGCCUCGAGGACGCGGAGACGCUAGACGCGCUGCGUGAGGCGGGCGGCCGCUUCGACGCCGUCCUCUGCGACGCGAACGCGCACCCGGCGAAGAUGGGCCGCGCGCUCCACGCCCUGCGGCCCUACCUCGCGGCGGGCGCGACGCUCGUGCUGACGCUGAAGCAGCCGUCCGCCUCCACGAAGACCGCCGCGGCCGACACCGGCGAGGUCGAGGGGGCGCUCGCCGCCGGGGGUUUCCGCGACCUCCGCACGGCGUGGCUCUGGGCGAACGGGCGCAAGGAGCGGACGCUCGCCGCGACGUACACCUAA